UUGGUCGCCGCCUCAAAUCCUCGACCUCCGCGUUCAGGAUCAAUCUCGUCCGCGUUGGUAUCAACGCACGCCCUGCCUAAUUCGUCUCUGUUCCGUCAACUGAAGCAAAGCUGCACAGAAAGGAGGCUUGCCUCCGGCCGCUCGUUCAUCUACUUUCGCAUAGAACCCUUCCUCCUCUCCGACUCUGUGCGUCUGUCUAUAGUCACGUCGUUAGUGGUAUUGUCAGUAUUAUUUUGCUAGCUCGCUGCCGACUCGGACCGCCACGAAACCGUUUGCUCGCGUGCGGCUAUUUGACUUGGGGCGAAAUCUUACGAAGAGUUAGCCGUCUGAUCUGAAGCGUCCUCAAAUCUGGGCUGGUGCGCUACACUGUUGAUAGAGAUCUGACAUUGCUCUCGCGAGUCGACGCAGCGUGGGCACCCUUGCACCCAUGGGCGUCGUUCAACGAGUUCGAAAAUGGUUGCCCUCAACACCGAGUCUUCCCCUUGAUGACUCGCCGUACGAAAAAGGCCACAAAUCCUCGAGAUUUGCAUUUUUCAGGCGCAGGAUACGGUUGAAGGGCAACUCCUCUGUCUCGAUACCCUUGGGGUUUGUUUUAUUAUUUCCAUGCAUUGUAAUAGUUCUCAUUUUACUACUUUUCGUCCGACAUCCGUCAUCCCCAGGAGGUAUAUUAAUACCCGCGGGCACACCGCCGUCUAUAAGGAAAAUAAGUGAGAAAUACGACAAAGUUUUCGCGACGGGCUGUCAGCCCAUCAACACCGAUACACCCCGAGCGAACGCGGCUUUCGUCGUGCUCGCAAGAAAUAAGGAAAUCGAUGGCGUUAUCCAGUCAAUGAAGUCGAUCGAGCGACACUUCAACCGCUGGUACCGCUACCCUUAUGUUUUUCUAAACGACGCCGAGUUCGACGAUAACUUCAUAAAUACUGUGAAGAACUAUACAAGUGCGCCCGUUGAGUUUGGGAAGAUCGAUGAGACAAUGUGGGGUUACCCUAGUUGGGUCGACCACGAGGUUGCUAAAGAAGGCAUCCGGAAACAAGGAGAUGCCGCAAUCAUGUAUGGAGGUAUGGAGAGCUACCAUCACAUGUGCCGCUUCUACUCUGGGUUCUUCUACAAGCACCCGCUCCUCCUGAAGUACGAGUGGUAUUGGCGUUUGGAGCCCGAGAUCAAGUACUUCUGCGACAUCACCUAUGAUCCUUUCCUCAAGAUGGCCGAGGCCAAUAAAACGUACGGAUUCACCAUUGCUGUGAAGGAACUUCGCGAGACCGUGCCGAAUAUCUUUCGCUACGCUUCAGCUUACAAACGAAAGAACAAUAUAAAAUCCCAAGGACUGUGGGAGAUGUUUUUGGAACCCCGCGAGGAACCAAAUCCGGAGGAACAGCAACCCGAGACUCUCCCUGAGGAAAUUCUUAUUACGGAGCCCGGUGAGAAGAACGAAAUUGAUCCCGAAACUAUGGAGGGAGAGAGUUAUAACAUGUGCCAUUUCUGGAGUAACUUUGAAAUUGCGCGCUUGGACUUCUUCCGGAGCAAAGAGUACGAGGAUUUCUUCGAGAUGAUGGAUAGGAGUGGUGGUUUCUGGAUGGAGAGAUGGGGUGAUGCUCCCAUUCAUUCCCUCGCUGCUGGUGUGCUUCUGUCACCGAGUGACAUCCACUAUUUCCGUGACUUCGGUUACCGACACACCACGAUUCAACACUGCCCUGCGAACGCACCUGCCCGACAACUACCGCGCAUUCCGUACCUUGAAAUGACGACCGAGGACGAGAAGGAGCGUAUUGAAGAGGAUGAGUAUUGGGCAAACCCCGAUCCUGUAAAGGAAAAUGGAGUUGGCUGCAGAUGCCGGUGUGAUACCGAUAUUGUGGAUGUCGAAGGCAAGCAAGGCAGUUGCCUUGCGGAAUGGGUGGAAGUUGCUGGAGGGUGGGCAUCUCCAUAGACACGGCUCGCCUAUAAUAUUCGUUGUAUAAUCUUCACGUCCUCGUUUCCAUACCUACUUGAUCGACCAUGAGCAUAU